AUGCCAGACCAUGAGCCAGAACUUGCCCAGAUCAACACCAGCCUGCGCCUGCUGUUGCACUCAUUCCUCUCACCCACAGAUGGUGAGCAAGAUAACAACAUACACUCAUCCCCACAUAUCCCUCCUCCAUCUCCCCUGCCCUUUGACUGGGGCUUGUUCGCCACUCUCACUGACACUGAACUCCCCCUGUCGAUCACUGACCAAUGUCUGUCCGACCUCUCGCGUGCUCUAUUAGAUGGCCUCGACUCGGUCAGCCUCAGUUCUGAAGAAGAGCUCAAUGAGUGCUCGGACAAUGAUGAGGAUCUCAUGCACCAUGAUGCUGAGUUCAACAUGCCCUCCGUGGCCUAUGACAGUAGCAUGUCUGGAAAUCUGCCAGGACUCACAUGUGCCCGCACCCAAGACCACUUGGCAACCUCACAGCACUGGUUCCCGUGGCUCGACCGCGUGACCUGUACACUAGAUGUCCUCAUGCACCUACCCCGCUCUGUGUUCUCACAGUGGCAGCUCAACCUCUUUUUAUGGUUGCUCAAGGUUAACAGGGUUGACAACAUCCCUUCUGUGCACUUGAUGCAGACUUUGAAUUCAGCACUGCAAUGCAUGUGUGGCAUCCACAGCAUUCAAUACAAAGGCGCUUUCAGGCACAAUUACACAGUCAAUAACCUCGUGCAGAUCAUAGCUCAGGAAAUGGCUAACCCUAGAGUGCAGCCACUACUGCACUUCUACCCUGAGGAUUGA